AUGUCUGGCUACGAAGUGGAACACAACAUCUCCACAGAGGACGACAAGUCGCGACAACCCUCACGUCGACCAGACCUCUCGACGUUCUUUUCUCAGCUUGAACUGGUUGACACGUCGGAUCCCCACGCUCACACAAAUGCCAAUGCUCUACCGCAGCCCGAAAACAUGACGGCGGCAUUCCGCUUGCUUGCCAACGCUUUUGAGACUAUGCGCGGACGACCAGCGGACGAGAGCAACGAACAUGGGGAUCUGUUGGCAAACAUGAUUGAGGUACUCCGCGCCAAUGCCGACGAUCCGCCCACAGAGUUGAAGGGUGUGCCCAACAGCUUCUUGGAUGAACUGGAGCGGGUACCGAAGAAAGCGCUGAAGCCUUCCGAUACAUGUCCCAUCUGUGUGAACCCAUUCCUUGAAGGUCCUUGGCUUAAGCUGAAUUCAACAUGCCCUCUGGAUCGCAAAGAACUUUUGAAGAAGAAGCAACCGCCACCGCCGCCUGCGGACGAUGAAGAAGAAGACUAUGAUGAUAUGUACGCCUGA